AUGAAAGUUUCUAUUUUUUCUCUUUUGCUAUUUUUUUUUGUUUGUUUUGAAUUUAUUUUCCCCUUGUAUGUUGUAAAAAGGGAUUUUGCGAAGGAAUGGGUUAAAGAUAAAUUAAGUAUAGUAAAUUUAAAAUUAGAUAAAUAUGAUAAAAAAAAGAAAAUGGCUCUUAUAUCAGGAGCAAGCUAUAGGAGCCUUAGCAUUAAUAUCACUUAUAGGAGAGGUAUUUAUUUGACCUCAAGCAACAAAAAAUGUAAAGUUGGCAUUCAUAGAGGAGUGAAACUAGAUAAUGCUGUUCCUACUGAGGAAACAUUUAAAAAAUAUUAUAAACAGAAUAUUAAAGAUGAAAUUAAAUUUAUCAUGGCAACAAGAACGGGAAUUAUAUCAUUGAUUCCUUAUAUUCGAUUUAAUGUAGAAAGACUAGCUAUAUUUCCUUAG